AUGGAUCACACUUUCCUGCCUCGUUCCAUCUGGACCGGUGACAGUAAAUUCCUCCAGCAUCCGGCGGACCUCUACACCAGUGUGCUCGUUACGCGCAGCAUCCCUGCAGGCACGUGCUUUGGUCCAUGUGUGCUCCAAAACACCUUCUACGAGACCAUCGCCUUCAUAGCGCAGAAAUCAUGCGACAGGAGAGCUAAAUCAUAUGUGUUCAGGGUGGACCCCGAGGCCAUGCGCAAUUCUGCGCUGGUGCUGUCCUGGCUGCGGCUCGUACAGGCUGCGCGCAAUGGAGAGGAACAGAACACAGAGGCCUUUCUGAAAGCGGGUCAGCUGUAUGUGCGGACCAUCCGGGACAUCCGGCAGGAGGAAGAGCUGCUGGUGUGGUACGACCAGGAGCUGUCUCACCUACUGGGCUUCACAGACAUGAUGACCGGGGGAUCAAGUGAAGAGUUCAAAUGUGGAAGAUGUAACCAGGUUUUUGAGAAUGAGAAUCCUUUCCUCGCUCACUGCCGAUUCCUGUGCACUCAAGUAAAGACUGACACCUGGAGCCGCGAGAUGUACGAGCACAAGCAUGUGGAAAUUAAGAGGCAACGCCGAGUGACAGAUUUCCACAACAUCGCCAGAGAUUUGGAACACAAAAAAUCGGGCAGCAACGAGGAUGCGGAGAUUUUCCCCAAGAGAAGGAAACACGAGGACACUCUCUAUCCCAGGGGGCGGAAAACGGUUCUGUUGGAAAAAACAAAUAUUUCCAACGAUGACAAUAUUACACCGCUGAUUAAAGGCUACGACCAAUCAGCAGGAGAGGCAUCUUCCUCUGUGGGGAAACUGAAAUCUGAUAAGAUUAAACCGGAUAAUUUGGGAUAUAAGAAUGACGGCUUUACGCACGACAGAGAGAUGCAAACAGGCGAGAGCUCUGGUUUGCACUCAAGCAGCAGCAGUGCAUUUUCUCUGGUCCUGUCCAACAAUCGGGGGGAGCAGAAAAGCGCUUUCUGUAAACCAAGUAAAAGAACUUCCCCUAUUGACCCCGAGGCGCACCUCAUCAGUGCUUCAACAGCCCCCCCUCGGCGCUUAGAGGAGAUGACUGACUCCUUCACCUCCAGGACUCUUAUGGGAUACAACAAUCUGAUGGCAUCCAACAUCCUGAGCAGUGAGUUGCAUACCGUGCCCUCCCCGGUGGCAUUAAACAAUGCUUUCCAUUACGCACCGGAGCACUGGUCCAGGAGCAUUGGCGCUCAGUUGCAGAACACAUCUUCUCUCACGAUCCUCCCGCCGACGUUCACCUCAUUCGGCGUGUCGGUGCAGAACUGGUGCGCCAAGUGCAACCUGUCCUUCCGCAUGACCUCCGACCUCGUUUUCCACAUGCGCUCUCAUCACAAGAAGGAGUUCGCGGCGGAGUCCCACGUGAGGAGGAGGAGAGAGGAGAAACUCACCUGCCCGAUCUGCCACGAAUACUUCCGGGAGCGACACCACCUGUCCAGACACAUGACUUCUCAUAACUGA